AACAGUGGGAAUUAUUAAACUUGGAGGGCAUUCAAGGAGACCGAGGGACCAAGUGGACCAGUGAAAUUAAACGUGUGGCGGCGGAGAUGAAAAGCUUUUAUAAACGGCUAUCCGAAAGGAUACACAAUGCAUAUGCGGUUGGAGACUAUGUAGAAUGGCAUCGCAGCGCAUUAACGUCUGUGCAAAACGAAGCAAUUGUUGAACCUGCUGACGAAGGAAUCAAGACAUCUACGACCAAUACUGACAAGACUAAAACUGAUGAACCCACCCCGACCAAUACAGGCAUUAUCUCUUAA